CAAUCAUGUAGACGGCCCACCGCGGGUCCUGGGAUCGGGAGUUAGGAAGCUGCUAAUGAGCUGCUCUGGGGGGCUUGCCUCGGGGGCUUCCUGUACUUGUAUUUUGCAAGGCUGACGUUAAAAUCUAGUUUCAUUCUGCCAAACUCGGGAACGGCGAUCGUGAAGCAUGGAGAUCCAGGAGAGACGACCGCAAAAUUAGCAUCCUUGCAGAGAAGCCCGGGAAUGAGAGAGUGAUAUUUCAUCCAGAAUGGAAGUAUGUCCUUAUUGUAAGAAACCAUUUAAACGGUUAAAAUCCCACUUGCCACAUUGUAAGAUGAUAGGACCAACUAUACCUACUGAUCAAAAUGUUUGUCACUCCAAGCAGGCUGUGCUCCCACAUGCUAAGAAAAUGAAAAGUUCAAUCAAAGACUUGGUUAAAGCUAAUGAGAGAGAGCUGGGGACAAAGAAUCAGAAAAGAAAUACGAAGUCGAAAGGGGGCAAAGCAGGAGAGACAACUGAGUCCUUUCCACUACCAGCUGUUGGUUUGGAAAGAGUAAGUAAUCCAAAGGCAAACAAAGACAUCAAGAAUCACAUUCAAUUCUCCCACAAAAUGUUAGAAAAUCCUGAACCAGAGAUUAUUCCCCAGGGAGACACUAAGGCUCAGUUUUAUGCAUCAGAGAACACUGCUCCUAAAAAAGGACUUGCCACAGAUUUGCCUAAAUCAAGGGAAAGUAGAAGUAAUCCUUCAGAAACCAAAGCAUCUUUACCUCUCAGCCCAAUGGAACCUUUGUCAAAUCAAGAUAGAAAGUAUCCUCCAGCCUUAUCUAAUGAUAUACAAACCACUUCUGCUAAUUUAAAAUUGGACAAAAUCGAUCCCUCGAGACAGAAGCUUCUAGUAAAAUUACUAGAUGCGCCUAUUGGUGAUUAUCAUAGUUCUCCCAUAAAUCUCAUUUAUGGGGAUAAAACAGUAAGACCAUCAUGUUCAAGCGAUGAGACAGAUUCCAAAGGCAAAGAUCGCCUCUUAGAAAUCUCUGCUGAUGUUAGAGACUCUGAGAAUCAGGAAAAGGACAGGGAAUCACAGAUUUUAGGUUUUAAAGUUAGUGCAUUAGGUAAAAUCCCAGUCAAGGAGAACCAAGGAGAAGGGCUUAACCUUGGAGUAGAGACGUACGGGAGCAAACGCCAUGCAGGAAAAAGUGCAUCUGUGACAAGAAUUCAGGAAUGCUCUUCCAUGAGAAGUGACUCUACAAAGAACUUCAGUGCUGAUGUUCCAGCCACAGAGAAGAAAUCCCAAGAUGAAGGUCUCAAUUUAAAUUUGUUCUCGCCGAGGGAGACAGUUCGCAGUGAGUUUCUUUCUGUAGCACAGUCACGUAAUCAAAGUCUUGCCUCUCUGGCUAUAAAAUUUCUUCAAGAAGAAAAAGCAGAAGCCCACAAUCAUAAUCAAGUCCCCAACGUGAGGGCAUUGAUGGAGAGUGAGGAACAGGCUUCUCUGGAGCCCGAAUCUGGCCGUUGGCCCCGAGCUGUGCUCUCUGCGUGCCAGCAGCCUUUACAUUCAGCCCAGCAUCAUACUUCUAAAAGCCCCUUCACCAGUCAGAUGGAUGUUGCCGACAGGAAGACCCUUCCCAGCUCCCUGGGCCUGGAGUGGGUCCCAGAGCUUUAUCCUGCUUAUCUCGGACUAGGGGUGUUUCCAGGGAAACCUCAGUAUUGGAAUCCAGUGGCCCAGAAGCCCCAGCUCAUCAGUCCCCAUGGGGAAAGACUCUCACAAGAAAGAAGUGCGCCUGCUCUAAGGAGUUUGGGACCGCCGACCAGGCUUACAACCUCCAGCGUCUCUCUAAUGAGGCUCUUGGGAGCUGUGCAGAAAGGCUGGAUCAGGUGCAGUGGCACCGUGAAGAGCGGUGUUGGUGGCAUCUCGAUGCUCGUCACCGGAUACUUUGUUCUUUGUUGUAGCUGGAGUUUCAGGCAUCUGAAGCUGCAGCGCUGGCGUAAGGAACACUGACCUGGACGCCACUUAAGAACGUUCUGGAAUCCAAGGAGAGCGUGGUGGAGACAACGGUGGUUCACGUUGCACAACUUCAGGUUGCGCUGGGGGCAGGAAGAGGGAGCGAAAGAAUAAAUUAUUCAAUCUAAAGCCGUUAUUCAGGAAGUACAUUUUAUAAUGUGGACGGAUCAGGCUCUGUCUGGAUAUUUCUUUGGCUUGCCCUCAAAAGUGACUGAAAGUUACUGAAAAAACAUCAGUUUGUUUAAUCAUGAAGGCUGGUGUUAUUCAGGGAGAUACGAAAAAGACAAGGUUUAUCGUUAAAAUUGUUAAAUAGUGAUUUCCCAGUUCUCAGUAAAAACAAGUAUCUCGAUUUUAAAUCUUUCUCCCUAAAA